AUGUCAUCAAAAUAUGUUGUUCAAAAUAGUGAUGUUGCUGUUAUAGGUGUUGGUUUUAGAGCACCAAGUGGCAGUUUAACAAAAUCCAUUUCAAAUACAAACCAACUUUGGGAAAGCUUGGUAAAUGGUUUUGAUGGUAUCGUAGAAACAUCCGAAAGAUGGUCUGACAACUAUAGUAUUACCGGUGAUAUCGUUUGCAAGUAUGCUGGUCUUAUUCCACUGGAUGAAUGGAAGUCUUUUGAUCCAAUUUUCUUUGGCAUCAAUCCAAGUGAAGAACAUGUCAACACAAUCGAUCCACAACAAAGAUUACUGUUAAAGUGUACAUGGGAAGCAUUAGAAGAUAGCGGUAUUGAUCCAUCCACAUUAAGAGGUUCAAAUACAAGUACAUUCAUUGGUGCAUCAACUCUAGACUACGAUAUUGCCAACAAAUCACCUUUUGAUAUCCAAAAAAACAUUUUUGGUGGAUCUCUUCAUUCAUUAUCAAAUAGAAUAUCAUACUGCUUUGAUUUCCGUGGCGAUUCAAUGACAAUCGAUACUGCAUGUAGUUCAUCAUUAAAUUCAGUUAAUCUUGGUUACAAAUCUAUCAUAUACGGUAAAUCUGAUGUAUCUGUUGUAGGUGGUUGUAAUUUAAUACUUGAACCAAAUACAUCAAAAUCAUUUUCUCAUUUAUCAAUGUUAAGUCCAACUGGAAAGUGCCACACAUUUUCAUCUGAUGCUGAUGGAUAUGUACGUUCAGAGUGUGCCGGUGUUGUGGUAUUGAAGAGGUUAGAACAAGCAAUCAAAGAUGGAAAUAACAUUUAUUGUGUUAUCAAAGGUUCAGGAUCAAAUGUAGAUGGUAACUAUGAUAAAUCAAACUUUUAUUCACCAUCGAAAUCAUCACAAUAUGAAAAUAUUAAAUCUGCAAUUGAAUCUACCAAUGGUCAAAUCAAAGCAUCUGAUAUAGAUUAUGUUGAAUGCCACGGUACUGGUACACCAACUGGAGAUCCAAUAGAACUUGAAGGUAUAUCAAGAGCAUUCAAAGAUACAAACAAACAAGUUUUAAUUGGCUCCAUUAAAUCAAAUAUCGGUCAUGGUGAAGCAUCAUCGGGUGUAAUGUCAAUAAUUAAAUGUUGUGUCAUGUAUAAAAACAAAUCAUUUGUUCAAAAUAUAAAUUUUAAAUCUCCAAACCCAGAUAUCAAAUUCGAUGAAUGGCAUAUAAAAGUUGUAACUGAGCCAACACCAUUUAACCAAAAUAAAAAUACUGUUAUGGUUACUAAUAACUUUGGUAUAACUGGAUCAAAUUGUUGUAUUAUUCUUUCAGAUUACCAUGAAGAUAUCCAAAAUGAAAAUAAUAAUAUUAACAAAAAACAUUUAAUACCAUUCUCAUCAAACUCAUCAACAUCUCUUGACAAAUACAUUCAAAUGGUUAUAGAACAAUCAGUCACAUUAGAUUUUAAUGAAUUUGUAAAUAAUCAAAUCAAAUAUAAAUCAACAUCACUUGUUCAAAGAUCAGUUAUUAUGGCAAGUAAUUGGGAAGAAUUUAAAGAUUCAAAUAAUGAAAUCAAAUCAUUGAAUACAAACACACUUUCAAACAUUUCAGUUAAUAAAAACAAUCCAUAUACAGUAUUUGUAUUUUGCGGUCAAGGAUCACAAUAUAAUAAAAUGGCAUUAGAACUAUAUGAAAAUGAAACAAUUUUUAAACAAUGGGUACAAAAAUUCGACAGUGAACUAUUCAAACACUAUGGGUACUCUGUUUUACAAAAACUUAGAUCAUUAGAUGAUGAUGAUUUAAAAUCAUUACACGAUCAUACUAUUGCGCAACCAUCAAACAUUAUGAUUCAAGUAUCAUUAUUUGAACUAUAUAAACACUGGGGUAUCAAACCAGAUUUAAUCGUUGGCCAUUCUCUUGGUGAAAUUUCAGCAUCAUAUUGCUCUGGUAUGAUUGACUUUGAAACAUUGUGUUAUUUAGUAUACAACAGAUCGAUUGCUCAAAAUAAAACAACUGGUACUGGAAGAAUGUUAUCUAUAAAUAUAAGUCCUGAGGAAUAUAUUUCAAAUUAUUCAUCAAAAUACCCAACAAUCAACAUUGCUUGCUACAACUCACCAUCAUCCAUUGUAGUAUCUGGUAAAGAACAUUUACUAAAUGAAAUUGUUACUGAUUUAAAAUCAAAAGAUAUAUUUUGUGCUAUGUUAGGAACAUUAUCAUCACUCCAUACAUCUAGCCAAUUAGUUAUUAAAGAUGAAAUAUGUUCAAUGAACAUUAAAUCAAAACAAUCAACAACACCAAUAUUUUCAACAGUCACAACCAACUUAUUUAACCACGAAACAACACCAUUCAAUUCAGAAUAUGUUUUUGAAAAUGCUUUACAACCAGUAAAAUUUACCCAAACCAUUUCAAACAUAUAUAAAUAUAUUGAAGAGAACAACUAUGGUAAUGAAGUAACAUUUAUCGAAGUUUCCCCACAUCCAACACUAUCAUUCUAUUUAAAAGAAAUGAAAUCAAAACAAUCACCAUAUUUCAAUAAUGGAGAAAAAAUAACUAUUCAUUCACCACUUCACAAAAAGAAAAAUGAUUACAAUGAAUUUUUAAAAACAAUUUCGACACUUUAUGUCGACAACUCUUAUAAAAUUAAUUUCAAAUCACAGAUAAUACAACAAAACCAAAUCAAAACCUUAAACAAACUUCCAUUAUAUCAAUGGGAUGAUAAAAUGUAUUUCAAACAAAACUCAACAUAUGAAAAGAUCAAAAAAGAUGGACCACCAAUUCAACAUCUAGGUGUUACAAAUGAAUCCCCAUCCAAAUCAUAUCAAACAUUUAUAGAUACAAAAAAACAACCAUUCCAAUGGCUAAAAGGACAUCAAGUAAAUAGUAAAUACUACUUCCCAGGGUGUGGGUACAUCAUCAAUUUAUUCAACAUAUAUCCAAACCAAGAUAUUACAAUCGGUUCAAUCGAAUUUAAAACACCAUUGAUUUUACAAGAUGAUGUCAAUCAAUGUUUACAAACAACCAUCAAUACACUUUCAAAAAAUGAAUUCAAUGUCAAAUCACACUUUAAAGAUACAUCUACCAAUCAAUGGGUAUUGUGUUCCACUGGUAACUUUAGUCUAUUCAAACAUGGUAACGAAAUAAACCGAAUUAAUAUUGAGGAAAAAAGAAAUAGUUGCAACUUUACCAAACUAUCAAAAUCAGAGCUUUAUGAUUCAAUCAAAAUCAAAACCGGAUUAGCAUACAAAGGUUUAUUCAGAGGUGUCAAAGAAUGUUAUAUUGGUGAUAACUGUUCUCUAUCAAUUGUAUCAUUAGAUGAAAUUCAAAAUCAAAAUGAAUUUAAUCAUUUACAAAACAACGAUACAAUGAAAUCAUUCUUUAAUACUGCAAUAUUAGAUGCAUGUUUACAUGGAAUGCUAAUUUUUAUCAAACAUCAAUGCCAAAUUGUAUUAGAUAGGGUCGAAGGAUUAAAAUACUACUCAUCAAACAUUCCAUCACCAAACAAUCAUCAACAUUCUGAAAUCUAUGUAUAUUCUGAAAUCAAAUCAAGGAUCAAUUUAUACUCAUACUCCGGAUCCAUUAAAGUAAUGUUAAAUGAUGGAACAUUAUUAAUUGAAAUUUCUAAUAUUGUUUGCACAUCACUUACGCCAAUAAUUGACAAUUCGAUAAUUGUCCCACCAUCCAAUGAUAUAUAUCUACCAAUUCAACAAUCAAAAGACUCUGUCAUUAAUAUACCACAAUCUUUUAAAUACUUGUGGAAAUUAGAAGAAUUGAAGAUAGAUGAAUAUUAUCAAAAAAUAGAUCAUUUACUAUCAUUGUUUUAUUAUAAGAUUAACCAAAGACGUCCAACUAUCAAUAAAGAAACAUUAUCAACAAUAGAUUAUAAUCAAUUCAAACAACUCUUCUAUAAUGAUGGGGUAAAUGAAAAUUUGUUUAUCUUUAUUUUCGAUAUUUUAAAAAAAUAUAAUAGUUUAGGUAUCAAUAAACAAUUAAAUGAAUUCACUGAUAGCAGCUAUAAACAUAUCAGGCUUUUAGAAAAAACAACCACAGUUAUGGCAAAACUAAUAUUCCCUGUAGAAGAAGACGAUCCAAACUUAGAUACUCCUCAAUCAUUAUUUGAAGAUGGGUUUUUAGAUCACUUUUAUCACAAAUCAAUUUUUCUUACACCAAUAAACAAUAUAUUAAGUGAUAUCGUUUCAGAGUCAAUCAAACCAAUUGUUAAUGAACCAAUUGUUUUCAGAAUCCUAGAAUUUGGAGGUGGUGUUGGCUCAUUAUCAUUAAUAGUAUUAAAUAGAAUCAAUAAACUAUUAAUUGAUCAUCCAUCAUCAAAUAUCGAUAUAGAAUUCACAUGGAGCGACAUUUCAGCAUCGUUUUUUUCAGAUAUUAAAGAAAAACUUUCAAAAAUCAAAGGUAUCAAUAUAAUCUAUCGUCCUCUAGAUUUAGACAAGCCAUUAAAUGAUCAAGAACUAAAACCAUCUUAUUACGAUAUGGUUAUAAUGUCAAAUGUAUUACAUGUCGUAAAACAAAUUAGAUUCAGCUUAAAUGAAAUCCAUAGUAUUUUAACACCAAAUGGCCAGAUAGUUUUAGUUGAAGCACCAUACAAAUCAUUAUACCUUGACUCAAUAUUCGGAGUAUUCCCACAAUGGUGGCCAUCACCAGAAGAUGCUGACAUCAGAAAAGAUAGAAGCUGCAUGAGAAUAGAAACCUGGUACGAUUUACUAAACAAAUGCAACUAUAAAGAUACAACAAUAUCUGGAAAUGAUAGUGCACUUUUUUUGAUUCAUACAAGAAAACCAAAUAUAAAUGAAAUGGUAUUAUCAAAUACAGAAUCAAUGAAACAAUUAGUAUCACACGAUAAUAUUAUAUUAUUUGGAAUUAGUAGACAUGGCACUCAAAUCAUCGAAUCAUUGAAAUCAAAUCAACUGUUAAAUUCAAAAAUAAUACAAAUAGAUGACUUUAAUGAACUUAACAACUGGAUUAUUAAAUCAAUCGAUUCUAUUAAACAAAGUAAAACAUUAAUUUUCUUUAUGAAAGCAAUAGAUCCAUUAAAUGUCAAUAAUUUUAAAGAAAUAACAUUCGAAUAUAUUCAAAUUAAUCAAAUAUUACUUCAACAUGAAAUUGAAAUCUUUUUUAAGCAUGUUUUGAUAUUAUUAAAUUCAACAACAAACAACUAUUUAUCAUCAUCAAUCAAUGGAGCAACAAGAUAUUUUGCAGAAUUCCCACAAUUAGAUUUAUAUUCAUUAGAUUUCGAUGAUAUUUCAAUUCAAAAUGAAAAUAUUCUAUCACUUAUCGAUAUAUUAAUAAAUCCAACAACAAAUAUUCAAAGAGAAUUCACAAUUAAAAACAACACAGUAUAUUAUGAAAGAUACAAAAAACAAACAAAAAUUAAACAAUCAUUUACAUCAAAGUCAUUUGAAACAAAUAUUGAUAAUUUAAUGAUACAACUUGAUCAAAAUUUAGAAUAUUUUUUAAGAACUAAAAAACAAGAAUUAAACCCAAAUGAAAUCGAAGUUCAAAUAAAAGCUACAGGUAUCAACUAUAAAGACUAUCUAAUGUAUAUUGGCCUAGUAUCAAAUAGUGUUGUUGUCAGAAAUGGCAAAGAGGAAGUAGUAAACGGAUUAUAUCAAUUGCCAAAUAUUGGAAAUGACUUUAGCGGUGUUAUUACUCGUUGCGGUAGCGAUAUAAAGAAAUUAAAAGUUGGUGAUGAAGUACUUGGACAUGCCCCAAACGCCAAUGGAUCACAUAUUGUAUUGGACUACAAUUAUGUUUAUUACAAACCAUCUAAUAUUUCGCAUAUACAAGCAGCCUCUAUACCAACAGUAUAUACUUCAACUUUACAUAGUCUAUACCAUACUGGUAAUUUACAAACAGACCAAACUAUUUUAAUUCACUCAGCAACAGGUGGUGUCGGUCUCUCAUCAUUGGAACUAUUAAAGUGUAAACAACACAAAGGUUAUAUAUUUUUAACAGUCGGUUCAAAAGAAAAAGAACAGUAUUUAAUAGACAAAUAUGGCUCAUUUAUUACUGGUAUUUAUUCAUCAAGAAAUAAAAACUAUGUUGACCAAAUUAAAAACAAAUUAAAACAAUUAGAAUGUGACACAGAUCAUCAAGGUGUAGAUUUAAUAUUAAAUACACUAUCAUCAGAAUAUAUGGAUUCAAACUUUCAAUGUUUAAAUACUAGUGGUAGAAUUGUAGAUCUUUCAAUUACACAUUUAACACCAAACGACUAUAUGACAAACAAUCACUUUAAAUACAACUAUGGGUAUAAUAAUGUAGAACUUGGAAAAAUUCCUAUUAAAACGUUUAGAAAUUACCUCAAAAAAAUUGUUGGUUUAGUGCAGUCAAAUAAAUUGAAACUAACUCCAAUCAUUGAAUAUUCAAAUGAUCAAUUUAAAGAAGCAGUAGAAUAUAUUAAUCAAAGACAAAAUAUUGGAAAAAUUGUUGUUAAUCAUGAUAUAGAUAUGUUAUCAAGAGUAUAUAAUGAACAAAAACAAAGUGAUUCAAUUCAAAUGAAAAACAGUUAUGAUAUUUCAAGAUUAGAUAUUGGCAAAAACAUAUUAGUAACAGGUCAAACAGGUCUUAUUUUAGAAAUAAUGAAAUGGCUAGCUAAAUAUUCAAAAAAAUCAAUCGAUAAUAUUAUAAUUUUAUCAAAAUCACCAUUAAAAUGGGAACUAGAACUAUUAAUCAAUGAAACUAAACAUCAAAAAGACAAUACAAUUAAUUUCCACUUUAAUCAAGUCGAUAUUGAAGAUAGUAAUAAAGUUCACAAUCUAUUAAACAAUUUAGAAUCAAAUUCAAAUAUUACAAAUAUCGAUACAGUAAUUCACUUUUCAUUUGUAAAUGAGAUAAGUGAUGCUAAAGAUAUGGAUAUGAAUGGUUUAAAUAUCGUACAUGGUGCAAAAACAAUUGGUGCAAUCAAUUUACACAAUGAAUCAAUUCAACGUUCUUGGAAAUUAAAACAAUUUAUUUUAGCAUCAUCUGCUGUAACAAUAACUGGUUCAUAUAGACAAUGUUAUUAUGUUAGUGCCUGUAAUGCAAUUGACUCGUUAUCAAAAUAUAGAAAAUCAAUCGGACUACCAUCACUGUCAGUAAAUUUAGGUGCAAUAUCAUCAACUGGAUUUAUUUCAAGAAAUGAAGCAAUCAAAACAAUGAUUCAGUCAUCUCAUUAUAAUUUUACAUCACUACAACAAUUAUUUAUCUCAUUAGAUCUCUUCCUUCAAGAUAAAAACAAUUAUUCAAACUAUUGUUUGUGUAAUUUUAAUUUGGAACAUAUGGUAUCUUUAAAACCAAACCGAAAUUAUUCUAAACUUGACUAUCAAUCCAAUAUGGUUAAAAAAACUCAUAUAUUAAUAGAUGGUGGCAGUUACCAAGAAAUUUUAAAAAUUAAAGUUAUAAAAAAAAUAUCCGAGCUACUUUCAAUUAAUGAGUCAAAAAUCAAUUUGGAAUUCCAAUUAACUCAGUAUGGUCUCGAUAGUUUAGUUAUUGUUCAAUUAAAGAACUGGAUAGAUAAACAAAUAGGUAGAAAUAUAAUUACAAUACAACAAUUACAAAUCAAUAGUAUAUCUCAAUCAAUACAAAUUAUUAUUAAAAAUUUUACUGAAAAUAAUAAAAAAAAAUAA